AAAAAAAAAUAAAAAAAUCAUCCCUCUCUCUUUUUUUUUUUUUCAUCUAACACAUUUUUAACGGCUAGCCAAGGCGGUGAAUUUUCUAAACCGCCAUGGCAGCCUAUUCUAACGUCCAUCAACCUUCACCAGAAAUCUGAUUAUAACGUAAUUUGUAUAAUCAUUGUUGUGAAAAUUUUACGCUAUUUGUUGUUGUUGUUGUUAUUGUUGUUAAAAAAAACAAUUAAUUCUUGAUCUGAAUAUCUGAGAUGGGAGAUAUUAAGGUUCCUCGUCCAAAUCAUGAAAAACAUAUAUCUUCAUCAUCGUCUAGUGAAUUAUCAGAUCAAUGCGACGAAUUACAACGUUUAGAAGAUGCACCACCUUUUUGGAGGAACCCUAAUAAAAAGUUAUCAAAGCAACUUUCCAUGUGUGAGAUUCCACGUGACAUUGCUUGGGAAAAACGACGUCGUCAAUUUCUUCAUCAAGAGAGGAAAAAGAAUAUUACUGGAAGUACUCAAGACGUGGAUGCAUAUAUAACUGAUGAAGAUUUGAAUGAACUUAAAGGUUGCAUAGAUUUAGGAUUUGGAUUUAAUGAAGAAGAAGGGCAAAGGUUAUGUAACACCUUGCCCGCUCUUGAUCUUUAUUUCGCGGUGAAUCGUCAGUAUUUAACUAGCCCUGUCUCUUCACCGGGUAGCAAUAAAGGAUCAAUGUCAUCUCCGGGUUCAUUGAAUUCUCUAGGAGGAAGGUCAUCCUCUUUUGGAAGCCCUCGGAGUGAUCAUGUCGAUGCAUGGAAGAUUUAUAGCCCGGGUGAUGAUCCUCAACAAGUAAAGACAAAGUUGAGGCAUUGGGCGCAGGCAGUGGCUUGUUCUGUCAAGCAGUCUUAUUGAAGUUGAAAGGGUAGUGAUGAAAUUAAACACCAUGUUUUGACUAUAAAGAAAUUAAUUUCAUCUUCAUCGUAUCGAUCGAUUCAGACCUCGUGUCCGUCUCUGAUAGAAAUAUAGUCAUGACUUUUGAGGAUGGACUGAGACUCAUGCGCCAAAUGAUCAAACAGAGCCACAUAGUUGUAGGCGGUCAAUUUCACCACUAGUUAUGUUGAUUCUCAAUUUAGUUAAUUGAGGCAACAAAGGAUUUAAGUUACAUAUGGUAUUGAUAUGUAAAUAAUUUUAUUCGUUGUUGGUGUAUUUUGACCUUUAUUGAUGAUUGCUUCUUCUUUUUUUUUAAAAAAAAUUAUUUUCAA